UCCCGCGCCGGGGCUCUGGGCCGACAGGGGGCGUUUGCAGGCCGGGCUCGCCACGCUCCCCGCGCCGACGCUUUGUUUGCGUUCAAAUCCCUGGAUCUGGGGGAGGGGAGAACCUGGGGUGACCCGGGAUGGGGUCUUGGCGGGGACCCUUUGUUUGGGGGUGAGGAGGUCCCCAGUUUCUGCGUCUCCGCCCCCAGCAAGGGAAGGCUGGAACGGGGGAAGCCAAUCCCGCUGGCCCGCCCAGGCCAGGGUCCCUGGGGCGCAGUCCCCGAGUUGGGAAGGUUCGUCAGAGCCGCGGGAGCGCAGCGGGCGCCGACCUUGCGCGGCGCGUCGCCCGCAGCCUGGGAGGAACCCUCCCGGUACCCGCCUCUAGCUCCCCCCGCCACCUGCCCGCGUCGCCAGAGUCCCCGAUUCGACCCGAGCUUGGUCCCCCUGCCGCCCCUCCGCCAAAGGGCUGGUGUCUCGGAGGAGGCAGUGCGAGGAACAGGAUGAGGCCCUGGUCAUUUCCACGCCCAUCCCACCCACUUCCUGCCUCUCUCUUGGGCAACAAAGGGGCCUCGGGAAGCUGGGCCCCUUCGCUCCCGGCCUUGCUCCCACUCCUGCCCUGCUGAUGUGGAACGGGGUUUGGGGGUGGCUGGCCUGGAGCUCAGAGUCGGGGUGUGCGCCAUGGCCCCACAUUGGGCUGUCUGGCUGCUGGCAGCAGGGCUGUGGGGCCUGGGCAUUGGGGCUGAGGUGUGGUGGAACCUUGUGCCUCGGAAGACAGUGUUUUCUGGGGAACUGGCCACAGUGGUGCGGCGGUUCUCCCAGACGGGCAUCCAGGACUUCCUGACACUGACGCUGACGGAGCAGACUGGGCUUCUGUAUGUGGGGGCCCGUGAGGCCCUGUUUGCCUUCAGCAUGGAGGCCCUGGAGCUGCAAGGAGCGAUCUCCUGGGAGGCCCCUGUGGAGAAAAAGACUGAGUGUAUGCAGAAAGGGAAGAACAACCAGACCGAGUGCUUCAACUUCAUCCGCUUCCUGCAGCCGUACAAUGCCUCCCACCUGUACGUCUGUGGCACCUACGCCUUCCAGCCCAAGUGCACCUACAUUGACAUGCUCACCUUCACUUUGGAGCGUGGACAGAUUGAGGAUGGGAGGGGGAAGUGUCCCUAUGACCCAGCUAAAGGCCACACUGGCCUCCUUGUGGAUGGUGAGCUGUACUCGGCCACACUCAACAACUUCCUGGGCACGGAGCCCAUUAUCCUGCGUAACAUGGGGCCCCACCACCCUAUGAAGACAGAGUACCUGGCCUUUUGGCUCAACGAACCUCACUUUGUAGGCUCUGCCUACAUCCCUGAGAGUGUGGGCAGCUUCACAGGGGACGACGACAAGGUCUACUUCUUCUUCAGGGAGAGGGCAGUGGAGUAUGACUGCUAUGCUGAGCAGGUGGUGGCUCGUGUGGCCCGCGUCUGCAAGGGCGAUAUGGGGGGCGCGCGGACCCUGCAGAAGAAGUGGACCACCUUCCUGAAGGCACGGCUGGCAUGCUCUGCCCCAGACUGGCAGCUCUACUUCAACCAGCUGCAGGCAAUGCACACCCUGCAGGAUACCUCUUGGCAUAACACCACCUUCUUUGGGGUUUUUAAGGCACAAUGGGGUGACAUGUACCUGUCGGCCGUCUGUGAGUAUCAGUUGGAAGAGAUCCAGCGGGUGUUUGAGGGCCCCUACAAGGAGUACCAUGAGGAAGCCCAGAAGUGGGACCGCUAUACCGACCCUGUGCCCAGCCCUCGGCCUGGCUCGUGCAUCAAUAACUGGCACCGGCACCACGGCUACACAAGCUCCCUGGAGCUGCCCGACAACAUCCUCAACUUCGUGAAGAAGCACCCGCUGUUGGAGGAGCAGGUGAGGCCUCGGUGGAGCCGCCCCCUGCUCGUGAAGAAGGGCACCAACUUUACCCAUUUGGUGGCUGACCGGGUUACAGGGCUUGAUGGAGCUACCUAUACAGUGCUGUUCAUUGGUACAGGAGACGGCUGGCUGCUCAAGGCCGUGAGCCUGGGGCCCUGGGUUCACCUGAUUGAGGAGCUGCAGCUGUUUGACCAGGAGCCAAUGAGAAGCCUGGUGCUGUCUCAGAGCAAGAAGCUGCUCUUUGCCGGCUCCCGCUCUCAGCUGGUGCAGCUGCCCCUGGCCAACUGCAUGAAGUACCGGUCCUGUGCAGACUGUGUCCUCGCCCGAGACCCCUAUUGCGCCUGGAGCGUCAACACCAGCCGCUGUGUGGCCGUGGGUGGCCACUCUGGAUCCCUGCUGAUCCAGCAUGUGAUGAUCUCGGACACCUCAGGCGUCUGUAACCUCCGUGGCAGUAAGAAGGGUGAGCUUUUAUAUUGCCCUUGCAUCGAGCUGUGCCCUGGACUAGAGCCAGAGUUUCUGUUCUCCUCUUCCCCAGCCCUGGUUUCCUGCCCUAACCCUCACUCUCUUUUCUCUGCCACUACAGUCAGGCCCACUCCCAAAAACAUCACGGUGGUGGCAGGCACAGACCUGGUGCUGCCCUGCCACCUCUCCUCCAACUUGGCCCGUGCCCACUGGACCUUUGGGGGCCGGGACCUGCCUGCGGAACAUCCCGGCUCCUUCCUCUACGAUGCCCGGCUCCAGGCCCUGGUUGUGAUGGCUGCCCAGCCCCGCCACGCUGGGGCCUACCACUGCUUUUCAGAGGAGCAAGGGGAGCGGCUGGCUGCUGAAGGCUACCUUGUGGCUGUCGUGGCAGGUCCAUCAGUGACCUUGGAGGCCCGGGCCCCCCUGGAAAAUCUGGGGCUGGUGUGGCUGGCAGUGGUGGCCCUGGGAGCCGUGUGCCUGGUGCUGCUGCUGCUGGUGCUGUCACUGCGCCGGCGGCUGCGGGAAGAGCUGGAGAAAGGGGCCAAGGCUGCUGAGAGGACCCUGGUGUACCCCCUGGAGCUGCCCAAGGAGCCCACCAGUCCUCCCUUCCGGCCCUGUCCUGAACCAGAUGAGAAACUUUGGGAUCCUGUUGGUUACUACUAUUCAGAUGGCUCCCUUAAGAUAGUGCCUGGGCAUGCCCGGUGCCAGCCUGGUGGGGGGCCCCCUUCACCACCUCCAGGCAUCCCAGGCCAGCCUCUGCCUUCUCCAACUCGGCUUCACCUGGGGGGUGGGCGGAACUCUAAUGCCAAUGGUUAUGUACGCUUACAACUAGGAGGGGAGGACCGGGGAGGGCUCGGGCACCCCCUGCCUGAGCUUGCAGAUGAACUGAGACGCAAACUGCAGCAACGCCAGACACUGCCCGACUCCAACCCCGAGGAGUCAUCAGUAUGAGGGGAACCCCUACCGCGUCAGCGGCAAGCAUGGGAGGUGCAGCUCCUACUUUUGCACAGGCACCAGCUACCUCAGGGACAUGGCACGGGCGCCUGCUCUGUCUGGGACAGACACUGCCCGGCACCCACCCGGCCAUGAGGACCUGCUCUGCUCAGCACGGGCACUGCCACUUGGUGUGGCUCACCAGGGCACCAGCCUCGCAGAAGGCAUCUUCCUCCUCUCUGUGAAUCACGGACACGCGGGACCCCAGCCGCCAAAACUUUUUAAGGCAGAAGUUUCAAGAUGUGGCUGUGUUUGUCUGUAUUUGCCCGUGUGUUUGUGUGUGUGUAUGUGUGUAUGCACGCGUGUGCGUGCUGCGACAUAGCCUUCCUGUUUCUGUCAAGUCUUCCCUUGGCCUGGGUCCUCCUGGUGAGUCAUUGGAGCUAUGAAGGGGAAGGGGUCGGAUCACUUUGCCUCUCCUAACCCCCACUGUCCCGAGUGUCGGGCAGCAGUGUACAUAUGGGGGUGGGGUGGGCAGGGUGCUGUGCCCCUUCACGGGGAGUUCAGGGCUCGGGGUGGGCCUAGUCCUGCUCCUAGGGCUGUGAAUGUUUUCAGGGUGGGGGGAGGGGGAGGAAGCCUCCUGUGUGUUUGGGGGAAAGGGUGGGUUCAGUGGUAUUUUAUACUUGCCCUCUUCCUGUACAGGGCUGAGAAAGGCUGUGUGAGGGGAGAGAAGAAAGAGGGUGGGCCUGCUGUGGACAUUGGCAUACCCUCUUCCAGUCCUAGGAGGAGGGCCUCCUAAUGGUGUAACUUAUUGUGUCCCCGCGUAUUUAUUUGUUGUAAAUAUUUGAGUAUUUUUAUAUUGACAAAUAAAAAUGCAGAAAAUGAAA